AUGGUUGGGUCCAUUUCGGAGCCUUCUCGUCCACCUGAUCAGUAUUUGCCUGCUAGUGGAACUUUAGCUUGCUUGUUGCCUAAUGAAUAUGAUAGAAAUAUAUAUUCUGAGUGCGCUUACAUUGGCAAUCGAACUCUCAUCAAAUGUAGACAAGUUCGACGAAAAGAGCAGUUAGCUUUAAAUGGUGGACAAUGUGAAUUACACACAAAGUUAGCUAAUAACUUGAAGCGGCGUUAUACGAAAGAGAAGGCUCGUCUCUCUCUUGAAGGAACCAAAAAGAAGUAUAGGAAAGUAAUUCAAUCGGAAGAACUCGUUAGUGAUGAAGAUGAAUUCUUACUUCCAUGCAGCCAUUGGACUGUCCCGAAGCAAGAUAGCGUUUACUUCUUCUCGCAUGAAGACGAUCUUGAUAUUCCUUUGAUGCAAGCUGGUGUUUAUACGGAUAAAGAAGUGCUCCAAGUGCGUAUGGCAUUAUUGAACAAGGAAAUCAAGCAUUUGGAACAUUACCGAGAAAUGACGGCAGAAAAUAUCAGGAGGACCGCUGAGUUCACAUUAGAACCGACUAAAUCGAAGAGGAAACGAGCUAGUUUGGACAGCAAUCAGCUGAAAGACUAUUUGGCCAAGAGAACAUAUCACAAAGAAACAGUGGUUACGAAGCGUUUGAAAGCCAUGAAAAGUCGAGUGCCUGAGGACUCUGUAUAUUGUUUAUUUGGUGAUUCCGAAGAUUCUGUAGCUGUUGAAGACGUUGUAGGAAAGUUGGUUUCGUCUGUUGCCAACGAUGAUUUCAUUCCAAUCCCUGCACAAGGAAGCUCACGUUGUGUAAGGUUAGCGCUUCCUGGUGCUAAACACUGUCUCAUUCAUGUUACCAAGGGAGGUAGAAUCCCGUCGUUCCCUAAAUGUGAUUCUUGUAAUAAUGUGGUUAUUUUCACGAAUGAUACUACCAAAAAUCUCUGUCCCAUUCAUUGCUAUCGAGCAUCUCAUCGUUAUCCAUUGUCUAUCAGCAUUGGGAAUUUCUCAAACCGAGGGUCGCAACCUGCUUCUGAUAUGUCAAACAGCCCGUUCUUCUAUGAUUAUGAGAGUGAUGAUGAUCUGACAAAUGAAAUGCGUCAGAACUUCGAUAUCAGUUCUAUCCGUGCAGCUAGAUCUCGUAUACGACAUUCUCCCUAUGGUGCGAAGCCAGGCGGAACUCUGAUGUCUCCCACGCAGUUGAAUAUGACAAUGCAAGCUAGAUUACGUGAAGCUGACACAUGUAGAGCUGCUAGAUGUCGACCAUUCAAUCGUGAAAACUUCCCGGAAAAAACUCAUCGCUCUGCUGUUAGCAGAACGCCUACAAUGUGUCUUACUCGAGCAGUUAGGCCAUCAAUAACCUUCAAUCCUGUACCGCGGUUACAAAUUAAACCAAGAGGAUUUGACACAUUGAAGAGGCCGAAUGUUGCUCAGCCUUCGCACAUGAGACCAUUAUUCAACACCCAAUCUACUUCGAGACCCCAACCAUCUCCUAGACCUUAUGUCCCAACCCAUAAUAUGAAUGCUUAUAACCCCCGCCCCCAAAUACCUCGAGAAGCAAGUUUGCUCCAAAGAAAACAAAUUGAAGAAGAUCAGAAAGCAGCUGCAAGUAUUUUAGAUGAUAAAAUAGAAGAAGAAUUGGUCGAGGACAGAGAACCCAGUCCCAUAUCUCAGCCUUCUGCUUUACCCCCUCCCACCCAACGCUUUGUAACAGGAAGUAGAAUACCGCCACCACCAGCUAGAAUGCCUGUGAGAACAACUUAUUCAACGAUCUCAGGGGUAGUUCCUCCUUCCAGAACUGUAUAUAGAGGAAUGGCAGUGAACGAUCCAAAACGAAUGGCCACCUACUCUUCCUUCAAUUCUUCUCAAAUCAAUAGAAGGGCAAUGGUCAUGCGAGGUGGUAUGCCUAGAUGCUAUGAUCUCAACACCUCUGGUAGACCUUCCGUUCCUCAACAGCCUUUGGACUUAAGCCACCUUCCUUCAAAUGUUCAAGACAAACCUCUUGGCGAAGUUCUUAGGAUGCAAUAUCAGGAAGAAGCUGAUAAAAGUCCUAGGAAGUCAGUUGCGGAGAUGGAGUCUGGGUUCCCGCCAGCUUCCACUUCCUCAACUUCACUACCUCCUACGGUGUCAAAGCUGCCAGCACCUACUGCCACAAAUCAUGGAAGGCCUACCGCUCUUUUGCCGAUUAAGAUAAUUCAAGAUGGUCCCCGGCUUCCACCUCACCGCUUGAUUAAGCAAAAUGCAAGGCCGGCAGCUCCGAAUCCUCAAAGUAGGGAACCUAAUAAUAAGUGA